CAUACCGCGACGGACUGUAUAUAAUCACACACUCAGACUUCUUUUUUUUUUUUCGUUUACCACAUUGACCGAAAAAAAUUGAAAUUGACCUUAUUGGCAGCAAUCUUAUAACGUAUAACGUAUAAUUGAAGAUCAUAUACUAUACUUAGAUCAAACUAGAUUGUCAAUUGUUCACUUGUUCGUUUGUGUUUUUGUUGGUUUUGUAAACUUCACUUAUUUAUUCAGUCAUUCGUUAUGUUAAGAAGUGGGAUAAGGAACAAUCGAGAGUUAGUGGUAAGACUAUACCGUUUAAAUUCAACUACAACCAGCAUAAAGACAUCUAGUACUUCCAAUGUCAAUACUUUUAAGACUGCAGUGGAAACUGCAGAGAAAUUAGUGCAACCUCCUGCUGCUUCUAAAAUAUUUCAUGAUCCAUUCUCCAUUGUAAGUCAUGAAAUGUCAAAUUUAGCCAAAUCAAUUGCUAAUUUAAUUGGAUCAGGUCAUCCUACUUUAAAUCGAGUUAGUUCAUAUUAUUUCGAAGCAGAGGGGAAGAAUGUGAGACCAUUGAUUGUAUUAUUAUUAUCGAAAGCAUUAUCGAAAAUCCCUCUCGAACAACGAAAUCGAAUUAAAAUUGAUACAUUUGACGUUACAGAUCAACCUCAUUAUAAAGGUACUCCAACCAAAACAUCCAUAGCAGGUAGAGGUGUUGAUGAUUCUAUAUCACCCUUGGCUAUUUUACAUGGUAUAAAUCCAAAAGUCAUUUUAGAUCCGUUAUCUAAACCAAUGGAUAAAUUACCUAAAUUCGAUGCUGUGAAUGGAAUAUUACCCAAACAAAGAAGAUUAGCAGAAAUUGUGGAAAUGAUUCAUACCGCCAGUCUUUUACAUGAUGAUGUCAUUGAUUUAAGUGAUUCAAGAAGAGGAAGACCAAGUGGGAAUAUUGCCUUCACUAAUAAAAUGGCCGUUUUAGCAGGUGAUUUCCUUUUAGGUAGAGCAUCUGUUGCUAUUGCUCGAUUAAGAAAUCCCGAAGUUAUUGAAUUAUUAUCAACUACUAUCGCUAAUUUAGUAGAAGGAGAAUUCAUGCAAUUGAAAAAUACAGUGUUAAAGAAUGAUGAUACUAAUGUGAUUGAUAAUGAUGGUGAAGAUAAAUUAAUUCCUCAAGAAACAGGUAAAGUCCCCACUAAACAACAUGAAUAUUCGAUUCAAUGUCAAGAUAUAGUGGAUCAUAAUACGAAUGUUGAUGCGGCAUUUGAAUAUUAUUUACAUAAAACAUAUUUAAAAACGGCCUCAUUAAUGUCAAAAUCUUCAAGAGCAGCUGCAGUAUUAAGUGGAUCUCAAGAUGAAAUCAUUGAAAAAUGUUAUGAAUUCGGACGUAAUUUAGGAUUAUGUUUUCAAAUUGUCGAUGAUCUUUUAGAUUAUACUUCUAGUGAUGCCAGUAUUGGGAAACCAAGUCAAGCUGAUUUAAAAUUAGGAUUAGCUACGGCACCAAUAUUAUUCGCUUGGAAACAGGAUCCAUCAUUAGGUGAACUUAUCGGAAGAAAAUUCAAUCAAGAAGGUGAUGUGGAAAUAGCUCGUAAAGCAGUGGAAAAAUAUAAUGGAUUAGACCAAACUAAACUUAUGGCUCAAGAGUAUUGUUAUAAAGCAUUAGAGAAUUUAAGAGUUUUACCUGAAUCUGAUGCUCGCAGUGCAUUAGAAUUCUUAACUAAUUCAAUCUUAACCAGAACCAAGUAAGUCAUUCAUCAUCAUCAUCAUCAUCAUCAUUAUUAUUAUUAUUAACCCCACCCCCUUAGCAUUUAUUUAUAGAUAUUUAGAAAAGUUAGGCUCUUGUAUAUACAUUUUUAUUUUUACCAACCCUUACCUAUAAA